AUGGCACGCCUGAGCUUUCUUCUGCUGGGCGCUCUCUCGGCGCUGAGCGGCUUCGCCAACGCCAGCUCCGCCGUCAAGGACCUGAUUCCCAGCAACUUCGAUCAAGUUGUCCUUAAGUCCGGCAAGCCUGCUCUCGUCGAGUUCUUUGCCCCUUGGUGCGGUCACUGCAAGACCCUGGCCCCCGUCUACGAGGAGCUCGGUGCAGCCUUUGCUUUCGCCGAGGACAAGGUCACCGUCGCCAAGGUCGACGCCGAUGCCAACCGUGACUUGGGCAAGCGAUUCGGUGUGCAGGGUUUCCCUACUCUGAAGUGGUUCGAUGGCAAGAGCGAUAAGCCCGAGGAGUACCAGGGUGGACGUGACCUCGAGAGCCUCAGCAAGUGGAUCACCGACAAGACUGGCAUCAAGCCUCGUGGUGCGGCCAAGGAGCCCAGCAAGGUUGAGUUCCUGAACGACGCUACUUUCAAGACUGCCGUUGGUGGUGACAAGGAUGUUCUGGUUGCUUUCACCGCUCCUUGGUGUGGUCACUGCAAGACCCUCGCUCCUGUCUGGGAGACCCUCGCAAACGACUUCGCCUCUGAAGCCAACGUUGUCAUCGCCAAGGUGGACGCCGAGGCCGAGAAUGCUCGCGCCCUGGCCAAGGAACAGGGCAUUACUGGAUACCCUACCAUCAAGUUCUUCCCCAAGGGCUCCACCGAGCCCGAGGCUUACUCCGGCGCCCGCUCCGAAGAGAGCCUCAUCGAGUAUCUGAACUCCAAGACCGGUACCUUCCGGGCCGUCGGUGGUGGUCUUAACAGCAAAGCCGGCACUGUCGCUGUCUUGGACAAGCUCGUCGCCGAGUAUGUGCCCACCAAGGACUUUGCCAAGCUCGCCACCGAGAUCAAGAAGGCCUCCAAGGGUCUCCAGGACAAGUACGCCCAGUACUACGUCAAGGUUGCCGACAAGCUCAGCGCCAACCAGGAGUAUGCCACCAAGGAAUUGGCCCGUUUGGUCAAGAUCGUGAGCAAGGGCGGUUCUGCCCCGGAGAAGCUCGAUGAUCUUGUCUCGCGCAGCAACAUCCUGCGUGGCUUUACCGGUCAGACGGAGCCCAAGGAUGAGCUGUAA